AUGGAUACGGCGUUGUCUACUGAGGCCGUUACAAAAACGGGACGGGUAGGUGAGUCCGCCCACCCCUAGCUUUCCAACAAGUCAAAAUAAUAAUUAUAUCCAAAUUCAAUGUCUCGAAAUCCCAAAGUUCAUUAUUGGUAUUUAUCAAUACACCCUGACUGGUAUCUAGUUGGUAGGUAGGUAUAUGUCGUGAUAAUAGAAUUCCAAUGUACAAUGAUUAUUUAUUACCCUAUGAUUUGGAGUUGGCGCCGACCACUACAACUGUUUAUCAUUCGUAGAUAUUUUGGUGGACAACUGACUCGCGGUUGUCUAAUGUGUGAUAAUUGUUUAUCCGGAUUAUGAACGAUAAGUUUACACUGGAAAAAAAAAAGUCGAAGAAUUUAAUUUAGCAGAAAAAUGUGUCGAUGAAUUUAGUGUAACAUUUAAUAUUAUAUUAUAAUAUGUUUACAGUUUUUUAAAAACACUAAUAAAAGUGUUUGAUUAUUAAUACAACAAAUUUAGAUUAUCCACUCCUAAAUUCGCAAACCGACACUACAAGAAAUCAGGACCGUCUGUUUAUAUUAUUGCGGUAUGCGAGCAACACCGAGACAAAGUAAUGUUCCUAUUAAACAUCCACGAUUUCAUUAUUACGUCGUGAAUUUCCUCGGUUUAUUUUUUGUUUUUCAUUCGUUUUUUUUAAGGAAAAUAUUUCGGACGACUUUUGGAUCGGCAAAAACAACGUUACAACCGUCAAGCGGGGACGGAGAAAAAAAGCAGAGAUCUAUACAUUUAGCGUUCGGAGAAAAUAAUAAUUUAGGGAUCAUCAAAGGACGCGACUACGACGAACGCGCACGGAGAAGCGAAAUCCCACUACUGGCAGUGAUUGAACAAUACCCAAUAGACAAAAGACCGUUGAAAAGGCCAAGGGGCGAAGUGAAAAUACGUAGUACCGAAAACAGGGGACGAACCAAAUCGGAAGAUUUCUGA